AUGAAAAAUGCCACAAGAAAUUUCUCUGAAAAACUUGGAGAAGGAGGUUUCGGCUCUGUUUUCAAAGGGACAGUGCGAGGAACCUCUAUGGUGGUUGUCAAAAAGCUGAAGGGCCUUGGACAAGGGGAGAAGCAAUUCCGAGCGGAAGUGCAGACCAUUGGAAUGAUUCAACACAUCAAUCUUGUCCGUUUAUUUGGAUACUGUGCUGAGGGAAGUAAAAGGUUGCUAGUAUACGAGUACAUGGAGAAUGGAUCUUUGAACUCUCAUCUGUUUUCAAAGAGUUCUAUAAAAUUAAUCUGGGAGAUCUGGUACCGCAUAGCACUUGGAACAGCAAGAGGCUUGGCUUAUUUGCAUGAAGAGUGCAAGGAUUGCAUCAUACACUGUGACAUGAAGCCGGACAAUGUACUCCUUGAUGCAGAUUUCUGUCCCAAGAUUGCAGACUUUGGUAUGGCAAAACUUCUCGGCCGAGAUUUCAUCAGGGCACUGACGACAAUGCGGGGGACCAUCAGAUAUCUUGCACCGGAGUGGAUCUCAGGUCUUCCAAUCACACGUAAGUCGGAUGUUUACAGCUAUGGAAUGAUGCUUCUUGAAAUCAUAUCAGGGCGAAGGAAUUCAGAGAAAAUUAAGGAGGGAAUUACCUCCUUUCCCAUCUUUGCUGCACUGAAGGUGAAUGAGGGGGACAUUAUGUGCCUGUUGGAUAGUAGGCUGGAGGGCGACUCAGACAUGGAGCAGCUGGACAGAGCUUGCAGAGUGGCAUGCUGGUGUAUUCAAGAUGCAGAGGAUCACAGGCUGACAAUGGGGCAAGUUGUUUACAUGCUAGAUGGUGUUCUGGAUGUCGAAAUACCUCCUGUUCCGAGGUAA